AUGGCGAACCCAUCCAUACAGCCUACUGCCAAUACACCUUCAGCUCAGGUCAAAGUCACGGAUGAAGCUCUCCUGGCGAGGAUUGGAUACAGGCAGGAGCUCAAGCGCGAGUUCCGUCCUCUCGAGAUGCUUGCUGUGUGUCUGAACGUGAUGGGAAUAGUUCCGACCAUAGCGUCAGUGCUCUUCAAUUCAGUUCCUAAUGGAGGGCCCGUAGCAAUGGUAUGGGGUUGGGUAGUCGUGUUCCCCUUCAUCCUGUGCAUCGCUUUGAGUAUUGCCGAGCUCGCAUCGGCUAAUCCAACGUCAGGUGGGCUAUAUUACUGGACGCACGCGCUCUCCCCGCCCAAAUGCCGGAACUUCAUGUCGUGGGUCACUGGAUACGCAAACACGAUUGGAAGCUCUACAGGUAUGACCGGUAUCGACUGGGCGUUUUCGGUGCAGGUCAUGGCAGGCGCGAGCAUGGCCACGGAAGGGGCGUUUGUUGCAACGCAGGCUCAGACUUUUCAGUGGAUGGCCUUCUGGAUUUGCUUUUUGCCUAAGUUUUCUCGCUCCUUUGUGGACCCCGGAUACGAUUCAAGUGUGCACAUGAGCGAGGAGGCUUCUAAUGCAGCGAUGGUUGUUCCGUGGGCGACAGUAAUCUCCGUCAUCUCGGGAUUUGUCCUAGGCUUAGCCGUUAACAUCUCUCUCGCAUUUUGCAUGGGCCCGUCCACCAUCACGCUUGUCGACUCUCCCCUAGGCCAGCCGAUGGCGCAGAUCUUUUCUACCUCUCUAGGCACACGCGCUGGGCUUGCGCUCUGGUCCAUUGUCAUUGUCGCGCAAUUUUCCGUAGGAGCCAGCUUCCUGCUCGUCAUGUCACGCCAGGUGUUUGCGUUUGCGCGUGAUGGCGCGCUGCCAUUUUCCCGGUUUAUAUACAGUAUCGGGUACGGACGUGGCGGAGCACUAGGUUUGAUAGGAGAGGGUGUACCAGUAAUAGCGGUGUGGACGCUCGUUGUUCUUGCGGCGCUGACAGGAUUAUUGAGCUUCGCUGGGGAACAGGCGAUUAAGGCAGUAUUUGCGAUGUCUAUGGUGGCGAUUUAUGUGGCAUACAUUGGACCUAUUGCUGCAAGGGUGAUGGCUGCAUGGAAUGAAGCUGCGUGUUUUAGGCCAGGGCCAUUUCAUAUGGGGUAUUGGGGCGUUCCAAUCAAUCUAGUCGCUCUGGCGUUCAUGGUCUUUACGAUCGUCGUCUUUCUAUUUCCUGCCUCUCCUGGCACUGCAGUGGCCGACAUGAAUUAUGCCGUUGUUGUCCUAAGUGUGAUGUUCGCGCUCAUUGUGGGGUGGUAUUAUUGUCCUACGUAUGGAGGUGUGCAUUGGUUCCGAGGACCGCAGGCGAACGUCGGGACCGGAUUCAACGUGCCUCGGGAGAAAGGUGAUUGUGAUGAUCAGAGACUCGAAUUUCAGCUUUAG